AUGUUCUGUGGUGUAGUCUGUCACUUUAGUUUUAUUUGUCAAAAGUCGAAAUGUCGGAAAAUCCCGAGAAAAUUUUACCGGAAAACUCUGAGAACAAUAGUAAAAUAGAUGGAAAUAUCGCUAAUAAUGUACAAAAUAAAAGUGGCAAAAAGAAGCAUCGCAAUAAGAAAGGAAAGAAUGACGAAAGUCAACAAAAUUCCAACAAUGAACAAAACAGUGAGGACGCGUCCUUGCUCAAUACCUUAUCAAACCCCUUGAAUACCAUUUCAAUCAAAGAUCUUAAAGCCGCUAUGGAGGUAAUUUCUUUGUCGCAAAAACCAGCUAAAACACCUGAAGAGGCUUUAAAAAAAUCAUAUCAGUUUUGGAGCACCCAACCAGUCCCAAAAAUGGAUGAAAAAAUUACUGUAAACGAAGCAAUUGAACCAGAUAAGCCAGUUAGUGAAGUUAGGGCUGAACCGUAUUCAUUACCGGAUGGUUUUGUUUGGGACACAUUACAUCUAGAUGAUCCAUUGGUUUUGAAAGAACUAUAUACGUUGCUUAAUGAAAAUUAUGUUGAAGAUGAUGACUCAAUGUUUAGAUUCGAUUACCAACCUGAAUUUUUGAAAUGGGCACUUCAACCACCAGGGUGGAAAAAAGAAUGGCAUUGUGGAGUAAGAGUAGUGAAAAGUGGCCGUCUAGUUGGAUUUAUAUCUGCUAUACCAGCUACAUUAAACAUUUAUAAGAAGAGUCAGAAGAUGGUAGAAAUCAAUUUUCUCUGUGUUCAUAAAAAGUUACGCUCUAAGAGAGUAGCCCCGGUUCUUAUAAGGGAGAUAACGCGCCGUGUCCAUCUUGCUGGACUUUUCCAGGCUGUUUACACUGCCGGGAUUGUUUUACCAAAGCCGGUGUCCACAUGUACGUAUUGGCAUCGAUCACUAAAUCCAAAGAAAUUAAUUGAGGUAAAAUUUUCUCAUUUAUCUCGAAAUAUGACCAUGCAAAGAACCCUAAAGUUGUACAAGCUCCCAGACUCUCCAAAAACACCUGGUUUUAGGAGAAUGAAAACCGAGGAUAUUGACGCUACCCAUAAAUUACUAGUAGAGUUUUUGAGUCGUUUCGACUUGGCACCAUAUUUUACCAAAGAAGAUUUUGUGCAUUGGUUCGUACCUCGGCCAAAUAUUAUUGACAGUUUCGUGGUAGAAAACAAUAAUGUGAUUACUGAUUUUGUGAGUUACUAUACAUUACCAAGCAGCGUGAUGCAUCAUCCUGUACACAAAAGUUUGAAGGCUGCUUAUAGUUUUUAUAACGUUAGUACAAAAACCCCAUGGAUCGAUCUGAUGCAAGAUGCCCUUAUAUCUGCCAAGCAGUUACACUUUGACGUUUUCAAUGCUCUGGAUCUGAUGGAAAAUUCUGAAUUUCUAGAAGCUUUAAAGUUCGGUAUAGGAGAUGGCAAGUUGCAAUACUACCUGUACAACUGGAAGUGCCCUUCUAUGGGGGCUAACCAAAUAGGGCUUGUUCUCCAAUAGGAAAUUUAAUCCAAAUUUGCAUAAUUUACUUAGUUUUAUAUUAUUUUUAAUAUAAAUGAAUGGUGGUUUUGCAUAAUACGAAAUAUUUUAGGUAAAACGGUCUAUUUCAGUAUUUUGUUUGUUGAUUUUCUGAUAUUUUUGAUUAAACAUUAUUAGUAAGAAUAACUAAAUUCAGAAUUAUAUAUUAAUUUGAGUUGUAGUAUGAAUGUAUAAUGAACUGAAAAUUGAAAUAUGCCCAAAAUUCUUAGUCUUUCAAUUAUAAAAAAAUAUAGAAUUAUUAUUAAUUGUUAUGAUAUGUUUUUUAUCUUUUGGACUGGUGUAUUAAUGCUUAUAGAUUUCUAUAACAAUUUUUGAAAAUGAAUUAUAAAUUCUUACUAGGGGGUGGAUGUAUAUUCUCUAAUAACAAAUUUUAAAGAAUAAAUAUUAGAAAA